AUGGUGGUGGUGAUGGUUGAUAAUCGUGGUGACGGUGAUGGUAGUGGUGACAACAGUGACCACAGUGAUGAUGGCGAUGGUGGUGGUGGCAGUGGCAGUGGCAAUGGCAUGAUAAUGGUAGUGGUGGCAGCAGGAGUGGAGGAAGAGGAUGACGGAAAGACUCAUUUUUCUUGUACACAUAAGGCAAGGAGAUGGAUGUACAUAGUUUGGGAGAAAGCCUUGAUUGUGAAGCUUUUGGGACGAACUACUGGAGUUACAUUUAUGAAGAAAAAGAUUGAGUCCUUCUGGGCAAGGAAGGGAAGAGUGAAUAUCAUUGAUAUCGGGAAUGAGUUUUAUGUGGAGCAAUUUAGUAAUGGCGUGGAUAUGGAUUUCGCUCUGAAUGAAGGCCCUUGGGUUUUAGGGAACUACUUGUCAUUAAGAAAAUGGGUACAAGCUUUCAGGCCUAAUGCUGAGGGCAUCUCGAAGAUAGCAUCAUGGAUACGAUUACCAGAUAUCCCUUUGGAAUUUUACGAUGAGGCAUUUUUUCGUCGAGUGGGGAAUUAG